UCCCAGUGAAGAGAAAGCUGGCUGUGCGGUGGAACCUGGAAGAGACGACGUCUGGGAGCCUUUGCUGAGCCCAGGGAGGGAGGCGUCCCUCUCGCUGCCCCUCCAGGUCGGGCAAACACGCCAAGCUUUGAGGCCUCCAGUCGCCAGCAUGCGGCUGCCACGCUUCUCCAGCAGGACAGUGACCGUGCUCCUCCUGGCACAGACCACCUGCCUCCUGCUCCUCGUCGUCUUCCGGCCAGGGCCUUCAUCCCCAGCGGGCGGCAAGGAGCGUGUGCACGUGCUGGUGCUGUCCUCGUGGCGCUCAGGCUCGUCCUUCGUGGGCCAGCUCUUCAGCCAGCACCCCAACGUCUUUUACCUGAUGGAGCCCGCGUGGCACGUGUGGACCACCCUGUCGCAAGGCAGCGCCGCAACGCUGCACAUGGCCGUGCGCGACCUGAUUCGCUCCGUCUUCUUGUGCGACAUGGACGUGUUUGAUGCCUACAUGCCGCAGAGCCGAAACCUGUCCGCCUUUUUCAAGUGGGAAACGAGCCGCGCGCUGUGCUCGCCGCCCGCCUGCAGCGCCUUUCCCCGAGGUGCCAUCAGCAAGGAGAACAUAUGCAAGACACGAUGCAUGCGGCAGCCCUUCAGCCUAGCACGGGAGGCCUGCGGCUCCUACAGCCACGUGGCGCUCAAGGAGGUGCGCUUCUUCAACCUGCAGGUGCUCUACCCGCUGCUCAGUGACCCCGCGCUCAACCUGCGCAUCGUGCACCUGGUGCGCGACCCGCGGGCCGUGCUGCGCUCCCGGGAGGCGGUGAGCCCACUACUGGCACGCGACAACGGCAUCGUGCUAGGCACCAACGGCAGGUGGGUGGAGGCCGACCCUCACCUGCGCCUGAUGCGUGAGGUGUGUCGCAGCCAUGUGCGCAUCGCGGAGGCCGCCACACUCAAGCCGCCACCCUUCCUGCGCGGCCGCUACCGCCUGGUACGCUUCGAGGACCUGGCUCGGGAGCCGCUGGCAGAGAUCAGCGCACUCUACGCCUUCGCCGGGCUGACCCUCACGCCACAGCUCAAGACCUGGAUCCACAACAUCACGCACGGGUUGGGGAUCGGCAAGCCAAUCGAGGCCUUUCAGACUUCGUCUAGGAAUAUGCGCAACGUCUCCCAGGCCUGGCGCCACACGCUGCCCUUGACCAAGAUCCUGCGCGUGCAGGAGGUGUGCGCCGACGCGCUGCAGCUGCUGGGCUACCGGCCUGUGUACUCUGAGGACCAGCAGCGUAACCUCACCCUGGAUCUGGUGCUGCCACGAAGCCCAGACCACUUCAGCUGGGCGUCACAUGACUGAGAACUCUGGGCCUUAAAGCAGGCCCCGAAUUGUGGUUGCCAGGCCCAGGAGGCGACUGCACGGUGGAGAGGGAGCUGGGAUGCAUGGGGAAGCAGGUCCCUACUAUGAACUGGGAGUUUGGGGUCCUCCCCUGAGGUAGGCAAGGACUGCACGUUUCUUUUUCUCCUGAUUCUCGGUUUUCCUUUGAGUCCUCUGGAGCUGCCUUCUCAUUAGGUGCACUCUUCAUGGAAAGGAACACUUGCCCCUACCUAUUCUGGGCACAGGGAGUAAGUUCUGCUAAAUCAAAUUAAAUGUGUUCCAAGUUGGGCGCAGUGGCUCACGCCUGUAAUCCCAGCAUUUUGAGAGACUGAGAAGGGUGGAUCAGCUGAGGUCAGGAGUUUGAGACCAGCCUGACCAACAUAGUGAAACCCCCUCUCUACUAAAAAUGCAAAAAUUAGCCGGGCAUAGUGGCACACUCAU